UUUUAAGCUGGUACCGCGGGCCAGGCCUACUGGGAUUUUUCACUCACGGUGACGUCGGAGCAGCGGUCCGACAUGAGUCAAGUUCUGUUCCAGCAACUUGUUCCCUUGCUAGUGAAAUGCAAAGACUGCGAGGAGAGGAGAGGGAGCGUUAGAGUGAGCAUUGAGCUGCAGUCACUGUCUAAUCCAGUACACAGAAAGGAUCUAGUCAUCCGUCUGACUGAUGAUACAGAUCCAUUUUUUCUGUAUAACCUUGUUAUAUCCGAGGAAGACUUUCAAAGUUUAAAAUUGCAGCAAGGUCUCCUGGUGGACUUCUUAUCUUUUCCACAGAAGUUUAUAGACCUCCUUCAGCAAUGUAUGCAGGAGCAUGUGAAAGAGACUCCAAGGUUUCUGCUGCAGCUCACGUCUUCAGCUGCUCUUUUGGAUAACUCGCCGGUGUUUUUAAAUGUAGUGGAGACAAAUCCUUUUAAGCAUCUUAUUCACCUGUCACUAAAGCUUUUACCUGGAAAUGAUGUAGAAAUAAAGAAAUUUCUAGCAGGAUGCUUGAAAUGUAGCAAGGAAGAAAAAUUAUCACUGACUAAAUCACUAGAUGAUGUUACCAGGCAACUGCACAUUACACAAGAGACGCUCUCGGAAAAGAUGCAGGAACUAGAUAAGUUGCGGAGUGAGUGGGCCUCGCACACAGCAGCGCUGACCAAUAAGCACUCCCAGGAGUUAACAAACGAGAAGGAGAAAGCCUUGCAGACACAAGUUCAGUACCAACAGCAGCAUGAACAACAGAAAAAGGAUCUGGAAGCCCUCCAUCAACGAAAUAUCCACCAGCUACAAAACAGAUUGUCUGAGUUAGAGGCAGCUAAUAAAGAGCUCACCGAGAGGAAGUAUAAAGGAGACUCCACUGUCAGAGAACUAAAAGCGAAGCUUGCUGGUGUGGAAGAGGAGCUGCAGCGGACCAAGCAAGAGGUCCUUUCUCUGAGAAGAGAGAAUUGUACUCUGGAUACUGAAUGCCACGAGAAAGAAAAGCAUAUUAACCAGCUACAAACAAAAGUGGCCGUUUUAGAACAGGAGAUCAAGGAUAAAGACCAGCUUGUUCUGAGAACAAAAGAAGCAUUCGAUACAAUCCAAGAGCAAAAGGUGGCUUUAGAAGAAAAUGGUGAGAAAAAUCAGAUACAACUGGGAAAACUUGAAGCUACAAUAAAAUCAUUAUCAGCAGAACUUCUAAAGGCGAAUGAGAUUAUCAAGAAGUUACAAGGAGAUCUUAAAACUCUGAUGGGUAAAUUGAAACUGAAGAAUACAGUUACUAUUCAGCAAGAAAAGCUAUUGGCUGAGAAAGAAGAAAUGCUACAAAAGGAGCGAAAGGAAUCACAGGAUGCUGUGCAGUCUCUUCGGGCCAAAGAGCAAGAGGUAUGCAGAUUACAAGAACAAUUAGAAACUACAGUUCAGAAACUUGAAGAAAGUAAACAACUUUUGAAAAAUAAUGAAAAAUUAAUCACAUGGCUAAACAAAGAACUAAAUGAAAACCAGCUGGGAAGAAAGCAAGACACACUGGGGGCCUCUGCCACCCCACCCACACAUUCUGCUAGCAACACCGUCAGAAGUGGGCUUUCUCCCAGCCUGAAUGUGGUUGAUAGUAGACUAAAUUACCCAAGCUGUGGAAUUGGCUAUCCUGUCUCAUCUGCGUUCACAUUCCAGAAUGCUUUUCCUCAUGCAGUAGCUGCCAAAAACACCAGCCAUCCAGUCUCUGGACCAAAGGUGCAGUUUAACUUGCAGCUGACAAAGCCAAGCACGACGUCGGGAGAUGGACAGCCGGGAGCGGCUGUUAACAGGUCUGCUUCAGCUGACAAGGAGAAUGGUGAAAAUUUAGGAUUGGAAUCCAAAUACUUGAAGAAAAGAGAAGAUAGCAUUCCUUUACGUGGACUCAGCCAGAAUCUGUUUAGUAAUUCAGACCAUCAGAAAGAUGGCAUGCUGGGAGCGCUGCAGACAUCUUCCAAACCCACAGUCCUGCCCCCAUCUUCAUCGUAUUUUCCUGGGCCAUUACCAAGUAGUUAAUCCGACACCUUUCACUGCUUACUGACAGUUUAGAAACUCAAGUGACUUAACAGACCAUUAAUAACACCAGUCUUUUCUUGUUCCUGUUAGGUCAUUUGUAUCCUUUAUAAUAGUGCUGCCAUUGACAAACUUAGGACAUUGAUAAGGACUCUGAGUAAAUGGUAUUUUUUUCUGUGAGCACAACAGAAUAUUUUUAAAAAAAGUCACUGAAUUGUAUCGGAUUUUUACCAGUUGGUCUGAAUAAGGACACUAAAUCAAAGAUAAGCCUGCAGAGAAUAGUAGUAAUAAGCUGAAGAAGACUUGUGAUUCAUACUAUCAUUUGUUAUUAAAAAAUCAUUAAUUUGCCACCUGAGAGUUGGGAGGGCUUCCACUUGUGAUCAUUGGUCUACACUGAGUUAGUAUACUGCUUUCAGAGGGUUUUUGUUUGUUUUUCUCUGAGAUAGGGUCUAUUAUGUAGUUCAGGCAGUUCCGGAACAUGCCAUGUAUGUAGACUAGGCUGGUCUGAAAUCCAGAUCCGCCUGCCUCUGUCUCCCAGCACCUGGUAUGUACUACUGAGCCUGAUUUAAACAAUGUAUUUUGGUUUAUUCUUUCUCCUCUCAGGUGCUCUCCAAUUUCCUACCCACCCAAUUCCAUGUUUUCUCCCUUAAAAAGAAAAUUAAAAUAACCAACCAGUAAGAUAAAAAUAUCAAACCAAAACCAAUGGAUUUGACCUUGUGUUAGUCAACGACUCCUGGGUGUGGGUGUUUGGAAUUUGGCUGAUAUACUCCAUAGUCUUAAGCACUUUGAGUGAAAGUAAGUAUUCGUAGUGAGCAGAUUAUUUUCUGACAUGUUUGAUCUGUGAAAUGAUUUUAUAUAAAAAUUGGGCAGUAUAUUUACAUGACUGAAAUGCUUUAGUCAUCUGGGCCGAGCAUAGUUGAUUUUGACACUUCCAUACAAGAUCAUCAGUGGAAUAGCACCAUAAAAAUUUUUAUAGUAUACUUUUACAAUAUUUGUGCUCAGUGUUAAUAAAGCAGGAAAGUUAACUAUUGGAAGUUACAACUUUCUCAUUAUUAAAAACUUCCAAGAAUUAUUCCUUGGAAAUUAAGUAGUUUCAAAAAACAAAACAAAACCAAAACUAACACUCAGUAAUCUUAGAGGUCUAGUUUUGUUUUCUUGUUGAUAACACCCAAAUCUUAUCUGUAAAAUGUAACAAUCAUGUGAUAUUUUCAGUUUCAAGAGGCUGAGGAGUUGGCUCGGUUGUUGAUUAGCACUAGAUACUCUUUCAGAGGACAUGGGGGUUCUAAUCCCAGAACCCACAUGGCAGCUCAUGAUUGUAUGUCACCCAGAGUGCAUCAGGCAUGUGGUUUCUAAAUAUACACUGCUGAAGACAGUUUGAGACUGAGACAUAUAACUAUGAGGGCUACAGGAGAACAGGGAUCUUUAGUCUCACUUUCAGGAUGAUAGCAUCUGCCAUCUAUCUUCAACAAGGAAGGGCUGAAGUAGAAGUUCAGUGAUGUAAGGCUAUUGGUACAACUACUUGAGAGCACUUAUUCUGGAAAGAAGCCUCUUGCCAGCACAGGACUGUUGUAAAUACUGUAAAGUAAGCGUCAGCGCUUGCGGCCGGCUUUGGGAAGGGAUUAAGACGUAUCUAUUAGCUUUGUGAAGAGAUACCCUCCCCUUACUAUUUAUAAACGUUUCCAAGAUAGGCUGUUGGUGAGCUGUCUGUGCUAAGUGUCCACCACACAGAUAGCGCUAACUCUCUGCUCUACCUCUCAGCUUUUGUUUGAAAUUGUUUUGUAUAACUGUACAUGUGUUAAUAAUCAAAAUGUUGUUCUUUGCUAUUUCUGAAAACUGUGACCUUUGUUAAUAAAGCACUGAAACCUCAGAGUUUUA